AUGGGAAAUGUGACGUCAAGUGUGGCGGCAAAGUUUGCGUUUGUCCUUCCGGACCCACCUACAUACGACGUCUACUGUGAUGAAUUGGAUGGGUGGCUGGUGAUGAGUGGUAUAAUGGCGGAUAAAAAUGUGGACGUCCAUUUGUUGCAGACCAAGAGCGGGAAUAAGUCUAAACUCAACAGAAGCCACUUAUCCAUGGCUAGCUCCGUCCGAAUAGCUGUCGUUGGGGACGUUCAUGAUGAUUGGAGUCUGGAAGAAGAUUCAAAGGCGCUUCAACUAUUGAAGCCGGAUCUGGUCCUGUUCACAGGCAGGGAAAAAGACGCAGUUCAACUUCAACUUGAGUGUCUUGGCGAUGAGCAUGUUGGUUAUCGGCAUCUGGAUUUUACAAAUAUAAAGUUGAGUAUUGUUGGUGGACGGCCUUUUUCUUGUGGUGGUGAGCAGUUAUUUCGGAAAGAGCUUCUUACUGCAAGAUAUGGUAUCCAUGACAUGAACGAAAGCGCAAAGACGAUUUAUCAAUCUGCUUUAAGGACUCCCGAGGAUCAUUCAGUUGUGUUCCUUGCUCAUAACGGGCCAACAGGUCUAGGAUCCAAUGUGGAUGAUAUCUGUGGAAGGAAUUGGGUUAUUGGAGGUGGUGACCAUGGUGAUCCAGAUUUAGCAAAUGCAAUAUGCCAAUUAAAAGAGACCACCAAAUUGUCUAUCCCACUGGUUGUCUUUGGUCACAUGCACAAACAGCUGGCAUAUGGAAAUGGUCUUCGGAAAAUGAUUGUGGUUAGGGAUAACAACACUGUAUACCUCAAUGGGGCCAUUGUUCCGAGGGUCAAAAGAUUGGGCAAUGAACCGGGGGAGUAUGCUAGGAGCUCCAUCUUUAGUGAGACAUCAGUUGAGACUUCAGAAUCGCAUGGUACCAUUCGAGCCUUUACUACUGCAGACAUUUUAGAUGGGAGGGUGGAGAAAAUUGCUGAAACUUGGGUUUCAAAAAAUGCUGCAUCAUGGGUAACUUCUUCUUCAUGCAUCAAUGCAGAAAGGUUAAACCUAAGGCUUCAACAGGCAGUUAGACGAGUCGUUAUGAUGAUAAAAGGAUAUCUAGGCUCGGAGCAGCCCUGCUUUACAGGCAGCCGGAUAUCUAGGCUCAGAGCAGCCCACCUUUAUGGGCUUCCGGCACGCCAGUUUCUGUCCGUUCCAGGCCACCCAGGCUAG